GUUCAUAUCGUUGCCGCUUCCUGUUUCUCUCUCAACCGUCAGGAACACAACAUAAACAAAAAAUCAUCGAUUGUUGAAAAUCAUGGAAAUGUAAUCGUCGCCUAAAAUGAUGAUUGCGGAAGAGAGGUUUAGGUGAAGGUUAAGGACGGACCAGCGAGGACCACUCUCAUUUAGCGAGCUCCCGAGCCACGUCCCGAUGGAGGACUUCCGGCGGACAUUCGUGCGUGUGUGUAAAGAGGCGGGUGUGGAGCCCCAGGAGUCCGUCCUGGCCCGGCUCCUCCAGGAGCGACGAGGCGGCGGCGGUGGGGGGGCCUGCCUGGACCUUAGCGGGCAGAGCCUCUCGGCAGACACCUGCCUGGCACUGGGCCGGGUGUUCCAGAACGACAGCGUGUUCACCGAGGUCUCGCUCAGCGACUGCAUGCUCAGCGAGGAAGGUGCUAAAGGCCUACUGAGUGGAUUCUUCACCAAUACCACUAUUAAAGUAUUGGAUCUGAAGGGGAAUAACCUGAGGUCAGCUGGUGCUGAGGCCUUGGGGAAAUUAUUGGCAAGAAACAAGACCAUUCAAAGGCUGGUGCUGGAGUGGAACGCCCUGGGCAUGUGGGACGAAGCCUUCUCCCUGCUCUGCGAGGGCCUGGCCGCCAACGCAUCUCUGACCCAGCUGGACCUGCGCAACAACCAGAUCACCCACCAGGGGGCCUCGGAGCUGGCGUCGGUGCUGAAGAGGAACGGCGCCCUGGAAGUGUUAGAUCUCCGGUGGAACAACAUGGGUCUACUGGGGGGCCGGUCUCUCCUGGACUCUCUGCAGCAGAACCAGACCCUGGUGCAGCUGGAGAUGGCAGGAAACAACGUACCGAGCGACACUCUCAAAGCCCUCGAGCAGGCCACGGGCCACAACUCAGACAAGAGGUCGCUGCGCACCGAGGGACGCAGCAGGACCAAGGUGCUCAGCAAGGAGAUCAACACCCUGAAGCAGGAGAAGGGGCGGCAGUAUCUAAGCCUGAUGGAGACGAUCGACCGACAGAGAGACGAGUUGGGGCGCUCCAACAGGUCUACCUCCGUACACGUCGGCAAACUGCAAGAAGCUCUGGAUGAGAGGAAGUCCACUGUCAUCGCAAUCACAGCCAAGCUGCAGAUGGUGGAGGCCGCCCUGGCGCUGUCGGAGCAGAAGCAGCAGGACCUGGGGGAGAUGCUGACCCGGGUCCGGGCGGAGAAGGAGGAGCAGCGGGGGCGGCAGGCCAAGGAGAGGAAGAAGGACCAAGAGGACGGCGUUCUCCGGGAGGGCAAACUGCUCCGAGACAUGCAGAACAUGACGGACUCCAACACAGAAUUCAGGAAUAAGGUGGAGGAGCAGGAGCGCAGAUGUAAAUCUCAGCAGCAGCAGAUCUUUGAGCUCAAGCAAGAACUGACCAACAGCACGGCUGAGCUGAAGCUACGGCUGGUGCAGGCAGAAGACCGGUUGGAGAUGGAGAAGAGGCGGUCUAAACAAGCUCUGGAGGAUAUGGACGCUCUGCGACAAAAAGAGGUGGAGCACAUGAAUCGCCACCUGGAGGAGAGCGAGAGAGCCCUGCAGGACCGCAUCUUCAAGCUGGAGAACCAGAGGAUCCAACUAGAAGAGGAGCUGAGCAGGUCGAAGGCGGGGAGCGUGACCCAGAGGGCUGAGGCCGAGGAGGAGCUGAGCCGAGUGCGGGCUCAGGUCCGCCUGGAGGAGCGGGAGCAGGUAGCGUCUCUGGAGGAGAAGCUGCGUGCGGUGCGGCAGUCCCGCCAGGAGGUCCAGAACCAGUGCACCCAGCAGAAGCAGACGGUCGCUGAGCUGCAGGCCAAGCAGGGGCAGCAGCGGCUGGAGACGGACGGCCUCCGCCGCAGGGUGGAGGAGCUGCAGCAGGAGCUGUCGGGUAAGGACCAGGAGCGGGUGGCGGAGGUGAGCCGGGUGAGGGUGGAGCUCCAGGAGCAGACGGGACACCUGCAGGCGGAGAGGGCCACCAACGGAAGCCUGAAGGAGAAGAUCAGCGCCCUGGAGAGAGAGAUGAAGGCUCUGUCGAGCAGCCACCGGGAGGCGCUGCUGGACAAAGAGAGUGAGAGCAGCUCUUUGCUGGAGCGGCUGCGCCUGCGGGACGCGGAGAUCCAGCGGAUGCGGGAGGACGAGGCGCAGCGGGCCAGCUACCUGCACAGCGCGGUGCUCGCCUACGUCCAGGGCUCGCCGCUGGGCCACUACAGCAGCCCCAAGAAAUGAGCCGCCGAGAAACUGUCCACCAAAGCCUUUUGUUAGGCCUCUCAGUACUGUCUUUAUCACAACACACUGUGGCGGCUAUCACACCGGUGCACUGAGCUCCGCCUCUGAGCAGGCCUCGAGUCUCGGCUGGGGCCUCGUAAACCCCCCACAUUAUGGGAUAUCAUAAAAACAGAUCCUAGUAUGUGUGUGUGUGUGUGUGGGGGGGGGGGGGG